CUUUACACUUUCCCAAUUUCAUACAAACUACCAGCUAAAACCGGUAAACUCCACUACCAGGUCCCUCCUUCCCAAUCUCCGACCAGAUUUUGCAAUUGCCGCCCAUCUCCAUCUCCGCUUCCUAAUCUGGCGAUGCUUCGACACGGUUCACGACUCGUAUCUAGGGCCACCACGAUGAGGUGGCGCCGUCCAUUUUCGACCGACCUGGCGGCGGAAGCCCCUGUAGAUUCCAACUUCCUGGAGGCAUGGAGGAAAGCAAUUCCCAACGUAGAACCACCAAAGACUCCAUCUGCGUUCAUGGCCACUAGGCCCGCAACUCCAUCAUCCAUUCCCUCAAAGCUUACAGUCAACUUCGUCCUUCCUUACUCUUCUGAACUCUCCAGUAAAGAGGUUGACAUGGUUAUAAUCCCCUCAACUACGGGACAGAUGGGUGUCUUGCCUGGGCAUGUGGCAACAAUUGCUGAGCUGAAGCCCGGUGUCCUAUCAGUUCAUGAAGGCAACGAUGUCUCCAAGUAUUUUGUGAGUGGUGGGUUUGCAUUUGUUCAUGCAAAUUCUUUUGCAGAUAUAAUUGCUAUUGAAGCCGUACCACUUGACCGCGUUGAUCCCAAUUUGGUUCAGAAGGGCCUGACUGAAUUUACCCAAAAGUUAAGCACUGCAUCAAGUGAUGUAGAGAAAGCUGAAGCCCAGAUUGGCGUUGAUGUACAUAGUGCGCUCAAUGCUGCACUUACUGGCUAAACAAGCUGAGGUUUAUGUUUGUCCUUGUUCAGCAUACUUUCUCCUUCUUUCUGCCUGCUUGAUUGUACCCUUUUGUAUAAGCUUCUGGAAGAGGUAUGGUACCUGUUUUAUGCCUUGCAUCACCUGAAUAAAUAUGCCCGAGACAAGAUACCCUUCAUAGGCGUGGUUUGUCGCCGUAAUCCUGAACUGCAGUUACGAGAAUAGGUUUAGUCGAAAUUGUUCAGUGGCACAUUUCUGCUUGGGAUGUCGUCUUUGCAUUGCUUCCCAGUUCUCUUGCCGUCAUAAUUGUGUUAAUUCAUUUUUGUGUAGACGAAAAAUGGGCUACUUCCUCACAGAUUGAAGCUUAAAAGAACCUUUGGAAACAUAUAUUUUACUACCUAAUAAAUGCCGUAGAGCAAUAAAUGUUCUUUAA